AAUACCUUUGUUGGUUUGUAUCACCUAUCGCUGUGACUACCUCGGAAAUAUUUCACCACGUCAUGCCUAAAAGAAAAUCCACUGGAAAUACACCAGAAAGCCCGAAGAAAAUUCGGUUUUCAGAAGAUUCUAAGUUCCAAAAACCGACGAAAGACAAGCCAAAAUCAGGUGCAGCUGAGAGGGAUCUACAUCUGUCAGAUCUGAUACAUGAACCAUCCUGGAACGAGGCUUUAAAUGAGGAGCUACAGGCACCGUACUUCAAAGAGCUUGAGAAAAAACUAGCCGCUGACUAUGAAGCGGGAAAAAAAAUUUUUCCACCACAGAAGUUGAUUUUCAAUGCAUUCAACACAACACCACUUGAUAAGGUAAAGGUGGUUAUUCUUGGUCAGGAUCCGUACCAUGAUGACGAACAGGCUCAUGGCUUGUCCUUCUCAGUGCCUCGAGGAGUUCGCGUCCCUCCAUCUUUGAAAAACAUCUACAAAGAGUUGGCCACAGACGUGCCUGGGUUUAAGGACCCCAGCCAUGGCUGUCUGCUAGAGUGGGCAGAGCGUGGAGUGAUGCUACUGAACGCAACUCUCACAGUAGAAGCCCACCAACCAAACUCUCAUGCCAAAUAUGGCUGGCAGAAGUUUACCGACAAGGUCAUCAAGGUUAUCAGCGACUCCUGUGACGGAGUUGUCUUUAUCCUUUGGGGAGGCUUUGCUCAGAAGAAGGACAAACUGAUCAAUGGCAACAAACAUACGAUCAUCAAGGCCGCUCAUCCGUCCCCUCUGUCGGUCACAAAGUUUCUUGGAUGUAAGUGUUUCUCUAAGGCCAAUGCCGAGCUCGCAAAGAGAGGGAAAUCCCCAGUGGACUGGACCUUGUAAUUGUCUCAUUAAUAGUUUAACACAACAUUUUCUACUUUUUGCAGAAAAUGAGGUGAAACAUACUCUGUUCAGGGCACUUUGGAAAAUGUGUCAAAAGCAGAUAUGUUCAGUACACUUGCCUAGAUUUGGCGUGCGUUGUUUAGUUGUUUACUCUGCUUGGGAGAUAAAGUGGUCAUUUCUACAUUAGAAUAGUUACUUUUUGAUUUUGACUGAUGCUUUUCUUGGAGCAUCUUUCUGUUGUAAUACAUACACCUGUAUGAUCUUACAUAGUGUAAUGUUUGACAUGUAUACAUGUACUUGAAUAGGCAGCGAUACUUUAACUCUCAGACAAUUCUGUUAGAACAAAGAAAAAAAAACAAAUUUAGACAUAUUUAUUUUGUUUUGAUAUUAUCACUUUUAGAGUUUUAGUCAAAGUCUUAUUAAAAUGUCAAUGUUGGUAUUUUUGAUACACUUUUGAAUUUCAGAAAGCAGUAAUACAAGUUUGGCAUUGAGAAUUAGCAACAAAAAAAUGCAACUUUCCAUACAGUUUUUUAAUUUUGAUGUACAUGAAGCUCUGACCACAGUUAAAGCAGUCAUUAUCAUUUUUGAUAUGCUUUUUCUUUUAGAUAUAUACUUGUAACUGUAUUACCAAAAAACAACAACAACAACGUAUGUCACAUAUCACUGUUUGAACUCUGUCGCACUUCCAUCACAUUUUAACUGGUUGUACUCAACUAAUUAUAGCGUAUUUCUAGCUGAGAAGAAAUGAUCACCACAGUGUUUGUUCCCAUGGGUAUAUAAUACAUAGGGUAAGAGAGGGGAUAAUAUAGUUUUUUGUCAACUGAACUCAACAAUGGGGACAAUAUAGGUAGAUUUGCCUCAUGUUUUUUGGUUCCAUGCCGUGGAAUAUUUUCUUAUUGACUUGUCAGUGAAGCGCCUCCGAAAGUAAUUCUUAGCGUAUAUCUUGCUUCGAGCUUAGCUUAAAAAGUACGGCAUGUUUUGAGCGGAGGCUUUGCGCACAUGCGGAGCACAACAGGGAUGCCGGGAUUUGCGUAUUAAAUACCGUAAAUUACAAAAAUUCAUGACUCAGUGCAUUCUGUGUGAGAAACAGUGUUGAGCAAAAUAUUAGCGCUGGUAUCUCAAAAAGAACUGCAUGUAUUGACCUGAAAGAUCCAUCAGUGAUUUUCUGAGUGCAUAUUAAUUACCGUAAAUUACCAAAUUUACACCUUUACUACUUUAUGUGUUGAGCAGAAGUUGGGCAUUCAUGUGUCUUGACCUCUUUGGCAGACUCAGUAUCAAAUCUAAGGGGUGAAACUUGGCAGAUGUGUUGAGGAAUAUAUGUACAUGUUUGUGAGGUGAUGUUUGUUUUGUGCUGUGGUAUUUCAGUUAGCGGGCAACUCUAAAUAUCUGUAUGUCAGCGUUUGAACCAUCCUGCUAUAAGGGCACACUGUUCAGAUAUGAUAAAAAUUAUAGCUGACAGCUGGUGUUGAAGUGGAGAAAAGAAAGGCAUAAGCUUUAACCUGACACAUUGUCAGUAUCUGUGAUCUUAAGACCCCAGACCUUUUACAGAUUGUACGUGACGUGAUUUGC